AGUGACGCGUUUAAAUAAACAGAGCAACCUGUCAUUACAGGUGAUAUCGGAAUAAAAAUGCGGAAUAGCUAACGUUAGAAAACCGAUUGGCAAGCGUGGGGAAAAUACAGACGAACCCCUCCUUAUCCAUAUAUCUCAAUAAUAUCUGCAUUGCCUGAGACAGCUUACCAAGUAGCUAGCUAGCUUGCUAACCACAAAGUAAAGAGUUUGAGUGCGAACACCAGCGAUGUUUACAGACAUGGACUAUGAGCUGGAAGAGGACAAACUAGGGAUUCCCACUGUUCCAGGAACAGUGUCCCUGAAGAAGGAUGCCCAGAACCUUAUAGGGAUCAGCAUCGGAGGAGGGGCCCAGUACUGCCCCUGUCUCUACAUAGUACAGGUGUUUGACAACACCCCGGCUGCACUGGACGGGACUCUGGCUGCUGGAGAUGAGAUCACCGGAGUGAAUGGUAAACCGGUGAAGGGCAAGACCAAGGUGGAGGUGGCUAAGAUGAUCCAGGCCGUCCAGGGUGAAGCCACAAUUCACUACAACAAGUUGCAGGCUGACCCCAAACAGGGAAAGUCACUGGACAUUGUGCUAAAGAAGGUGAAGCACCGGCUGGUGGAGAACAUGAGCUCAGGGACGGCCGACGCCCUGGGGCUGAGCAGAGCCAUACUGUGUAACGAUGGGCUGGUGAAAAGACUGGAGGAGCUGGAGAAAACAGCGGAGCUGUACAAAGGUUUAAUGGAGCACACCAAGAGGCUACUCAGGGCGUUCUUUGAACUCUCUCAGACUCACAGAGCGUUUGGGGACGUGUUUUCAGUGAUCGGGGUGAGGGAGCCUCAGGCCACAGCCAGCGAGGCCUUUGUGAAGUUCGCCGAGGCCCAUCGCAACAUCGAGAAGUUUGGCAUCCGGCUGCUGAAGACCAUCAAGCCUAUGCUUCAUGACCUGAACACAUACCUUCAUAAGGCCAUCCCGGACACCAAGCUGACCAUCCGCAAGUAUCUGGACGUCAAGUUCGAGUAUCUGUCUUACUGUUUAAAGGUGAAGGAGAUGGAUGACGAAGAGUACAGCUGCAUUUGCCCUCAGGCUAUGGGAGAGCCUCUGUACCGGGUCAGCACUGGAAACUAUGAGUACCGGCUGGUGCUGCGCUGCCGGCAGGAGGCCCGGGCCCGCUUCGCCAAGAUGAGGAAGGACGUGCUGGAGAAGAUCGAGCUGCUGGACCAGAAACACGUCCAGGACAUUGUGUUCCAGCUGCAGCGCUUCGUUUCGGGCAUGUCCCGCUACUACGACGAGUGCUACACGGUGCUGAAAGAGGCGGACGUGUUCCCCAUCGAGGUGGACCUGUCCCGCACCAUGAUCAACUACGGCGGCCAGGCCCACUCCUACACGGACGAAGACGAGGAAGAAGAGGAGGGAGGCGGAGGUGGAGGCGAGGGUGCCGAGGAGGGCAUGCCCGGCGGGCAGCAGGCGGAGAACGGCGGUGAAAAACUGAUCGAUGAUGAAUAAGAGAAGGCCUGGCUCAGGCCCCGCGCCGCUGUCGCCCUUUAUCCAGAUGAAUGGCGUUCACUACCCGCCAUUGUGUACCAGCUCAAAAGUAUCCACGCCUAUUUAACACUGUCUUUGCACUGGAGGGAUCUAGUGUUCAGCGCCGCUAAGCUACGGUCUGUGGCCACACCCUUGUCUGAUUCCGUUGCAAUUAACCCCCACAAUUGAGGGUUAUUUUUCCCAACUCUCUUCCGGUUUACUUUUCUUUUAAAUUCAGUUCAGUUCAGUUCUUCAAACUGCCAGCCUUAGAACUCUCGGCCUAAUUCCAGUUCUUAGAAGCAAACCUGACGGUUUUAUUCUGCCGGUCAGAUUCCACCCUUGCACCCAAACCUGAUCACAUGUUCGCCUCAUUAAUUCCGCCUUAAGUGGAGUGGAGCAUUCCUCUCUGACUAAAGCUCUAACUCACCAUUGGAAUAUAGACCAAGUGCAAGGGUGCAAGCUGCUUAGAAUUAACCAAUCACUGAAGUGUACUUGUGUCUGAAACUGUAAGGAUAAAUUCAAUGACUAAAACCCCCAUCACCUGAGCUCAAAGGAAUUAAGGUGGUCACACUACAAUGAUAAAAACAACCUGGACUUACAUGCCGACUGUCAUCAAGAUCGCAAAAUCAUGGUGAAUUUUUUUUUAAAUGUUUCCUUCAGUGAAUAAUGCUAUCCAGCCACAGAGUGUUUAAAAUUGAGGAUGAAAGCAGUAGAGCCUGCAAUAUUGGAACUGAUUUGACAGGCAAUUUGACCACAUCUGGAGCGACCGUAGUCCUGCGUAUGGUUUUGUUUAUAGGAAUCGUUAUUUAUGAGUUGUUGUUCUGAGUGUGGUUUCAGGAUGCCGGUGUUUAUCUAUGGCAGCAGAUGAAGCGGUCGUGCAUUUUAUGUCAUGUACGACCUUAUGUGGAGGCCUUACACAAUUUAUGUUAUUCUUAGAAACCAUUUUUUUUAAAUAUGGGGCAAAAAACUAAAAACUCUUGGAAAAGGACUCAAGACAAAUGUGCAGUUUAAACUUGCCAGCAGAAAAAUGGGUAAAGUGGGAGUCUGGGUCUGCAAAGGUGGGGGGGGGGUGUCAUAUUUAUAGACCUAACUGAAUUUGCAUUUAUCAAAUAUUGGACUGCUAUUCCAUUUAAUCAAAUGGCAUGUGUCUGUGGCACAACUGUAGUGUCCUCUGGGGAGGAACUGAUCAGAGUUGAAAGUGGCAAAACUGUCACCCUAUCAGUCAAUUACCAAUCACAGCGAUCUGUGCAUUUCAGUUACAGUCCCACAGGUUACAGUCUGUCCUAACGGUGCUCAGUAAAGUUACUGUGUGGCAGUACAUAGAGGCAAAGGGACCCACAUAUGUACAAUGCUUACCCUUACCAUCUGCUGUUACAAUUCAAUACCACCACCACCCCCCACCCCACCCCCCCCAUUUUCUUUCUCAUUAUUCUCCUUUCUUUACUGUUACUGUUUGAGUACUGUGCCAGGUGACUUUGAAGAGAAAGAGGGAGACGUAUUGAUUAAACAACAAAUGCAGUGAAGGUCUUUAUCUACUGAUUAACUGGAAUGUGUCUCACUGAUGAACUACUGUAAGGGAGCUUUGUUGUAUUCAUUUGUAUUAUGGAUCAAGGACCAGUUUCUGUAGUUAAGCUCUAAUCAAAUGUGACCCUUCUCUGUUACAAACCGGAGAACCUUCACCAAUUAACACUAGACAUUGGGUGUUUCAAACAUUUAAACAUGUACGUUUCCUGUAGAAUUCCCCCUGUGUAAAUGUGGACCAAAUCCCAUUGCUGGUAUGCACACGGAUACAAAUCCUCUUUUAGCUGAUCUUGCCAGGGGGAAUUCUACACAAGGUAAAUUUAACAUGCAGACACUAUUUUAAUUUCAUCAUGAUGAAGACUUAUUGUGCUUUGAUGUGGGUGUUUAUUUUGUUUUGUUUUUUUGCUUUUGUCUGUAUUUUGGCACUAUGGGAAUGUCUUAUGGGAAUAGUGUGUUUUAAAAAAAUAAAUUUUAUUUAUUAUUCCAGAUCAGACUUAUAAUAAAGUAUUUCCUAAUGACAGUG